CGGUUCAUUCCAAUUAAACACCAAACACUUGAUUUACAUGUCAUUCAAACAAUGAGAUCUUGCAAAGCUGGCAUCUCAAAACUUCUGCCUCUUUUGGCCGUGCAUUUUGUCGCAGCCUCUCCAAUUCUGAUUCGGGACGUCCCUUAUUCCCACGGAUUGUGCAGGCAAGGAAUAUACAACGGAGAAUGGAGUCCCCUGACCUCCAAGCCGCAUGGCAAUGGAACAUAUGAAUGUUCGUCCUCUUACUCGUACAUUGGAACUUGGUAUCAGGGUUUACGCCAAGGAGGAGGUGCUACCACUUUUACAAAUGGAGACGUUCACAUUGGACACUACCUCAAUGACAAACGAAACGGACACGGAGUCAUGACUUGGAGAAGUGGACGAAAAUAUGUGGGUGACUACUUGAAUGACCGUCGUCACGGCAAAGGUGAAAUGACCUUUCCCAACGGAGACAAGUACACUGGGGAUUGGAACAAUGGCCGAAGGCUAGGCCAUGGUUUGUAUCUUUUCACAAAUGGAAAUCGUUACAAGGGCGAUUAUGUGAAUGGCGUAAAACAAGGUGUGGGUCAAUUUUGGUGGACCGCAGGCCAGCAUGCCGGAGACAAAUAUGUUGGCCAAUUCAGAAGAGAUCGAAGGCACGGGUAUGGUCAAUAUUUCUUUUCCAACGGUAAUAUCUACGAAGGGAAUUGGGUUCAAGGCAAACAACAUGGACAAGGUCUUUUACGAUAUCCGAAUGCUAACAUCAUGGAGGGAACAUGGAACCGAGGCUUAAGAGAUGGUGUUUUCAUCUUUACUUUCCCCAAUGGGGAACGCCACCAAGCUACGUAUGUAAAAGGCUUACGCCAGGGCAACUGGGUCAAAAUGGAUCCAGUUCCACCUCGACUGAAUGUUUUGCGAAAUGGGAAUUAAAUGAUGAUGGGUAAAUGAG